AUGUUUCAGAAGUUCUGGAGAGACCAAUACUCAGGAAGCCAAAGAUCCAAAUAAAGAGAUCUUCACAGGUCUCUCUAAAAGCAACGAAAAGUCUGUGAACCAAGCGCAGACGAAUUCAGCUUCAGGAGCUCAGAGCUCAGUUCAAGAUUUAAUCUCUAAAGGAGAGGUGAAAAUGAAGGAAGAACCUAUUAUGGCAAAAAUAAGGGAUAAAUUUUCCAAAAAUGAAGAGUCUAAAAAUACCUCAGACCCAAAUACCUCAGAUAUUAACGCUUUGACUUAUGCAUCUCAUCCUUAUGAGCAGUUCCAAAAAGUAGCUGGGAAGAAUACCGAGUACUUGCCACAAAUCUUGAACUGUGAAGGGAUUAAGACAUUUAUUCUCCCAAAACAGUAUGCUUUGAGGAGAUUUGACAUAAUUCAAGAUCAUAUUGAUAAGGAGUUCAAUGACCGCAAUAUGAGAAAUGUCCUCUGAGAGACCCAAUUCGAGUAUGCCAAGGUACACAAGUGAAGACGCUUUGGUGAAUGCCUCUGAAGGGUAUUUGCCAGAGAUUUACUCCAACUUGCGUAUUACAAGCAGAUACAGAAUGUUCACAAGUACCUUGAGAGAUUUUUCUUAAAGCCUCAAGUGUAUUUGCCAUUUCAGGAACUCUUGCUAUGGCUCCAGCUCGAAAUUGGACGAAGGAAUUAUAAGCAAGCUGAAGCAAUUAUGAACAAAUAUAUUUCCUAUACUACAAAUUUGGUCAAUGAUGAGACUAAAAAUGUGGUUUCUCUAGAGUUAAAAAUUCAAAAUGGGCUGAAAGAUCGUUGGAAAGCAAAUCCAGAACUGCUUGAGCUCUAUGAAUCUCAUUACUUCAAGCUCAUUGAUGUAUACAUUUUCGAUAUUUUGUUGCCUGAUCGAGGAUAUGAUCAGACAAAGAAUGUAUUGCUUAAAGAAAUAGCAAUGGAGAAAUCUCUCAAACUCAAAUAUUUAGAUAAAAUUAGUGAUUUCUACAUUAGCUCGAUCAGAGAGACUAGUCUCAUGCACGGUACAAAAGCUAUUGAGCAGCUGGACAAAGCUAGUUUCAAGGCUAAGCUGAAAAGCAGAGUUGAUCAAAUUCGAAAAAUAGAUGAGAGUCAGAAUGAAGGGAGGGAAGAUCAGCAUCUCCAAAAUUCUUUAUUCCAAAACACAUUUAAUCGUCAAAGAUUUGAGCAAUCUAAGCAAAGCUUGGAAGAACCAGAAAAGCCUGCAUUUUUAGAUAUUUUAAAGCAGAAAACUAAGGUUAGUCCAAAGACAUUCAUUGUGAUCAUGGCAAUUGUGUUUGCAAUCUGGCUAUGGAGAGGUGGGCAUAAAAAGCUGAGAAAAUUCAGCACUUACAAAUUCAUCCUAACCCAUGUAUUUGGUAUUAAGAGUAAGAAAUAA